UCGACGGCCAUUGCUGCGGCACCAUCGGCACCAGGUGGGAGGCCCAGGCCGACGCCGACGCCUUCCCUCCCCGACCCACCGUUGGGCACCCCCCAGCCCGAAGCCCAAGAUGCAGAACGACGCCGGUGAGUUCGUGGACCUGUACGUCCCGCGGAAAUGCUCUGCCAGCAAUAGGAUAAUCGGAGCUAAGGACCAUGCAUCCAUCCAGAUCAACGUAGCUGAGGUUGAUAAGGUCACGGGCAGGUUCAACAGUCAGUUCAAAACUUAUGCCAUCUGUGGAGCUAUUCGUAGAAUGGGUGAAUCAGAUGACUCUAUCCUCCGGCUGGCCAAGAAUGAUGGCAUUGUUUCUAAGAACUUCUAACUGAAGAGAAUUUUUAAUGUGGAUCCCUUGUCACAAAAUAAAAUGACAAAAAAACUUCAUUGGUUCA